AUGCAAGUUCAUUCAAUCGGGGGAAAGUUAAGUUUGGAGGUGUUUAUAAGAGGGCCACGCAGCUGGACUCCAAAAAUGUUCCGUCUGGUGGUGCUAUGGGUAUGGAUCAUUGCGGCAGUGGUGACAGCUCUCGAUGAGCGGGAGUUCGAUCCACAAGUGGCACCACCUCAGAGUUUAGUUCCAAAACCCUUUCAACUCUGGCGAAGUUUCACUAGUCAAGUGCGUCUAGUUCUCAGUCGCUUUCAGCCAAAACCACCCACUCCUCCCACUAUUAAAACCAGGAUGGGCAUUACCACCACUACUACAGAACCAGAGCUGCAGUUCUAUGGAGCCCUGAAUCCCAUAUAUCAAACGGGAAACUUUUAA